AUGGAAGCUGGGCCGUUGUGCUGCGCGUGGGUCCUGGUGGCCGGCCGGGCGCUGGUCCAGUUGCGCCGCUCGGCCCUGCGGCCGGACCGGGCGCUCCUCGGGGCCCUGGCGCUGCUGGCCGGGCUGGCGUGGCUGUGCCACCGGGUCCUGCCCCCGCUGCCGGCCGCCGCCCUGCUCGCCGGGGCCGGCUGGCUCGUACUCUCCCGCCUGGCUCGGAAGAGCUUGCUGCCCGUGGCGGGGAAGGUGGUGCUCAUCACGGGCUGCGAUUCAGGCUUCGGCAAAGUGACCGCACAACAGCUGGACUCGAUGGGCUUCACGGUGCUGGCCACAGUCCUGGCUCUUGAGGGACCAGGGGCACAGGAACUGCGAAAUAGCUGCUCGCCUCGCCUCAAGCUGCUACAGAUGGACCUGACCAAGCCCGAUGACAUCCAGCGGGCACUUGAGCAGGCCAAGUCCCAAACUGCAAGCACUGGACUGUGGGCCCUGGUGAACAACGCUGGCUUCAAUGACAUUGUGGCUGAUGUGGAGCUGUCCCCGCUCGCCAAGUUCCGAAGCUGCAUGGAGAUCAACUUCUUCGGGGCCCUAGAGCUGACCAAGGGGCUUCUGCCACUUCUGCGCCAGUCCCAGGGUCGCAUUGUCACCUUGGGCAGUCCAGCCGGUGACAUGCCAUACCCUUGCCUGGCUGCCUACGGGGCUUCCAAGGCCGCCGUGGCGCUGCUCAUGGACACCUUCCGCAGCGAGCUACUCCCCUGGGGGAUCAAGGUCAGCGUCAUCCAGCCCGGCUGCUUCAAGACUGGGGCGCUGGAGGACCCUAGAGUAUGGGACCAGCGGAAGCAGCGGCUGCUGGCCAGCCUGCCCGGGGAGCUGCUGCAGGCGUACGGGGAGGAGUACAUUGAGCACACGCACGGCCAGUUCCUGCGGGUCCUGGAGCUGGCCGUGAAGGACCUGAGCCCUGUGGUGGAAGCCAUCACCGACGCGCUGCUGGCCCCCUGGCCCCGCCGGCGCUACUAUGCCGGCCGGGGGGUAACUCUCAUGUACUUCAUCCACUACUACCUGCCAGAUGCCCUGCGUGCCCGCUUCCUGCGGGAGUUCUUCAUCAGCCAGAAGCUGCCCCGUGCCUUGCGGGCUCCCGCUCACGCCAAGGCCCAGUAGGCAGCCAGACUCCCCCCUGCUCCCGGGAGGCCGAGACAUAGCAGGUGCGAGUCAGCCAAGGAUGCCACCGCAUCCAGAGCCGAGGCUUUGGCUGGCAGGGCCGCUCCGGGCCUCUGGGCAGCAGGCAGAGGGGGACCGGGCAGGGCUCUACCCCCCUGCUCCAUACCAGGUUCUCCCCAUGUAGUAAUUUAUCUCAACAAAAGGGGAAAUCUCUGGCCACCUUGGGACCCGUAGGGUUCACCACCACUAUUUUGGCAGGCUUAAAAAUGAAAGCUCUGCAGAGCCAGGGGAGCCCCGACCCCUACUGCGUUGAGAGCUGCAGGGUCGGUGGGGACUGGAAGGGAGGGAGACAGGGCUGGCAGAAGCAGAGUCGGGGGAAAGAGUGGGUUACAAAGGGAAAGGGGCUGACAACUUUCACUUCACUCAUUUCCUGACUGUCACUUUUUAAAUAAAUUAGUAUUUUUAUUUCUCCU